CGGCCGCGUUUCGUCCACCGUUCACAGCAAGCUAGUGUACAAUAACGCGAAGCGGCGCCCGCACGCCAUGCGCACGCGCUCCUGACCCAGUGACGGUGCAUCAUGAAAGUGAUUAUUGUGGCAUUAUUACUGGCUCUGCCUUUCUCCCGAUCUCAGGAUGAAUCCUUCGCCAGCUCCUUCCUGUCAGGUCUCCUAGACACGCUGGAUACGCAGGUGGACGCGAAGAACUGUCCCGGGGUGUGCAUGCACGCGCUGACGUCGCUCAUCUGCUCGAAUGUGCUGGAAGAGGUGGAAUGCCCCAAGCCUUCUAUGAAAUGCUGUAUUGAUGAACCGCUGGGUAAUGAUACAAUGGUGACCACUCGGCGGCCGUUCACCACCCGCUACACUACGACAGAGAGCUACGACGACGAGGACUCCACAACCAGACAAACAGACAAAUACAAAGACAGUGGCAACAUAGCCUGCCCAGGAGUUUGCGUAGAGUCGCGACUGACGCAAUACUGCGAGGCCUACCUCACUUCCGGGGGGCUGUGCGUAUCCGGUAGGCUUUGCUGCGUCUCCAAGGAUGGGUAUGGGGACCGUAGACCACCAGACCUGGUGGUGCCUAAUGAGAAGAAGCAUUCCACCAAGCGGCCUACGACAGCGCUCACAACUACACCAGCACCAAGAAAACCAGGUCGCAAGUGCCGGGGCGACUGUAUCAGUGGACUCUUCGCGUUGCUAUGCGACCAUGUAGACGAAGACGCGGUUUGCCCGUCAGAGGGCACCUGCUGCCUCACAGAUGGUGGGGAUACCACCACCAGACGACCCACUACUACCACCACGCCGAGGCCUACCACCCCGGCUCCCCUUCCCCGUUGUCCAGGGUACUGUCUGCUGAAUAUAAUGGCAGCGUUCUGCGAACGGCCAGCCGUGCUACUGUCACACACCAAUUGCAAGCUCAGUGGCUCAAUCUGCUGUGAUAACACUAGGUUACCACCCCGCACAACCCCUCGGACCACCACGACCACAACGACCACCACCCCCGCGCCCGUGGAUCCCCGGCCUGACUGUCCCGGCUCUUGCAUCGUCUCCUUGCUGUCUUUUACAUGUUUCCGCAAUGCAGAAAUGACAGACGUGUUCAAGUGCAAAAAGGCGGGAACGCAGUGUUGCGCGCCAAAAUCGAAGGUUCUAGAAGCGAUGGGAAUAAACAGGAACGACACGUUCCCGCUCGCCGUCACUCACCCGCCGCAUACAUAUGUAACCCCGUAUACAUACACUCCCGCACCUACAUACACACCACCACAUACGACACCCAUGCCAUACGAACCGAAUUACGCGACUUCGUUGAGAGCGCCAGAAAAAUACAACAAGUAUGUCUGUGGAGUAAAAGGCACGUCGACCCGCGCGGGCCGCGUGAUGGGCGGCGAGGACGGCGAGCGCGGCGAGUGGUGCUGGCAGACGGCGCUGAUCAACAGCCUCAACCAGUACAUCUGCGGAGCCGCGCUUGUCGGCACGCAGUGGGUCCUCACCGCAGCGCAUUGUGUCACCAACAUCGUUCGCUCCGGCGACGCAAUGUACGUGCGCGUGGGCGACCACGAUCUCACGCGCAAGUACGGCUCGCCCGGCGCGCAGACCCUCCGCGUGGCCACCACGUAUAUCCACCAUAACCAUAAUAGCCAGACCCUUGAUAACGAUAUCGCGCUACUGAAGCUGCAUGGAAAGGCGGAGCUCAAGGAAGGUGUAUGUCUGGUGUGUUUGCCGGCUCGCGGAGUGAGCCACGCUGCGGGAAAACGCUGCACUGUCACCGGCUACGGUUACAUGGGAGAGAGCGGCCCCAUACCACUUCGUGUGCGAGAAGCCGAAUUACCCAUCGUGAGUGACGCGGAAUGCAUUCGCAAAGUGAACGCAGUGACAGAAAAGAUAUUCAUACUUCCCGCCAGUUCGUUUUGCGCGGGAGGUGAAGAAGGAAAUGACGCUUGUCAGGGAGACGGAGGCGGCCCUCUUGUAUGUCAAGACGAUGGUUUUUACGAAUUAGUGGGUCUUGUAUCAUGGGGAUUCGGUUGUGGACGAAAAGACGUGCCAGGAGUUUACGUUAAGGUGUCUUCGUUUAUUGGCUGGAUCAAUCAAAUCAUAUCCGUUAAUAAUCUGUAAUCUAUGAAAUUUAUUAUCUGUAACUACCGUAUCAAGAAUAUAAUGCGCGCGAAACUAAAACUUUAGUUUUGGCCUAAGCUUUCCAUCAUUACACACGAAAAAUUCAAAAUGUAAUUACUUGCAGCUGGAUUAUUAAUUCGUUCGGUUUAUUUAUAUAGAGGUUUUUAUUACUCUUGGAAACAAAUAUGUGACGAUGAAAUCGUGAUUUUUGAACUCUCAUAGGUGAAUGUUGUUUUUUUACAAUUAAUAAUCAUUUUAAAACCCGGCUUUCGACCAAGGUUUAUCGUAUUAUCAAUUUUAUUUUAAUGUAAACGUUAAUUUUGUGUAAUUUGGAAUCAAUUGCAACGAAACGUCUUAAAUACUUCUAUGAAAUCAUCAUAAAAAAGAGCAUUUAUAUAAUAUUAUGAAUUACCUUACUGGAAGGGUGCUAUAAAUUAUUAAUGUAAUUUAAAGGAAUUUGGACCUUUUGAAAAUGGUGUACUUCUUUAUCUAUAAUAAUAAUCAUUGUGUUCAUAUUACCUACUUUUGUGGGCAAUCAUCCCACAAAAUUAAAAAAAAGCAUUUAUUCCUCUAUUUAUAUUUUAUUUUCUAAGAAAAUAAUGUAAAUAUGAUUUUAUUCCUAAUUAUAGGUUAAUUUAUUUAUUAUAGAAUAAUUACUUUAGGUUUUUUAGUUACUCUUCACCUUAUCUAUUUAUUUUCUUAAUUUGGGAUAUUAUUUAAUAAACAUUUAUAUUCAAAAAUAAAUUCGAAGAAAUAUGAAAUAAAACAUCUUACGCACAAUUUUCCUUCGAUAUGUUAAAAAGAAGUAUUUAUUUGUACUUGAGUAAUUUUAAGAUGUGUAAAUAGAUAUUUGUUAUUCAAGCUUAGUUUUUAUCUAAGAGUGAAUGUAGUCUAUGGUAGCACAUUGUAAAAUGUACUUUAGUCUGUUUUCUAAUAAAAGAUGUAAAAAAA